GAGGAAAAGCUAACAACAGAAAAUGGCUGCAACGGGUGAGAAAGCUGCUGAUAUGGACAGCAUCUCCAGGGUGGUAAUGGCCCAUCCGACUGCGUUAAAUCUGACAGGAACCACCGUCCCUCACGGCGAGAGCUUGGAAGAUGCAGUGGAACCUCUUGCACCAGCGCUCAAGAAGCCAAGCACGAACAGUGAUGGUGGAGUGGAGACGGCAGAGGAGGCUGUGGAGCCUGCAGAACCCGACAUUAAUGAGCUUUGCACUGACAUGUUUGACAAGAUGGCAAUAUUUCUACAAGGAGAACUCACAGCAACAUGUGAGGAUUACCGGCUGCUGGAGAACAUGAACAAGCUGACCAGUCUCAAGUACAUGGAGAUGAAGGACAUCAGCAUCAACAUCAGCCGUAACCUGCAAGACCUCAACAACAAAUAUGCCAGCCUUCAACCUUACCUGGAUCAAAUAAAUCAAAUCGAAGAACAGGUAUCAUCUCUGGAACAGGCUGCUUACAAACUAGAUGCAUACUCCAAGAAGCUUGAGGCAAAAUUCAAGAAACUGGAGAAGCGAUGAGAAGACAUGCUGUCUCUCUUCUCCCCCUCCCCUUACCAGUCCAGCACGGCACUACAAGACAGAAACAACAUCCAGGCAAGCUCAAUUUCACACCUAAAUAAAACGCUUGAGAAACGGACAGUUGGCACUGCUUGAAUCCUAAUGAGCUUCAGCCGGAACGGACGAGAAGAUUAUGGCCAACUCUUUAGAUCCGUGGUAAAGUAUGGCGUACAUUUUAUAAAAGAAAGUAAUUUGCCCCUACUCCUUGUUGAAAAAAGGUGUGCCCCAUCUGGAAAAUGAUCUACAUGGCAGCGUAUUCAGUGUGAUAGAUUUCCCUUACAGUAUUAAAGCCUCAGGUAGGGUUGAUCCAAAAGGCUUGAAGGCAUUGUUAUGUACUUGGACUAAUACUGAUAGAGAACACUUACACAUGGUAUUGCGUAACUGUGUUGAAGGCAGCUGAAGCCAACUCGUUAGAAUGCAGUAUGCUUUGGAAGAGGAGUUUAUUUAGAAUAGAGAAAUUGGAUAAUAUGUAAUGUGUACAUAAGUCGGAGAUGAAAAGUAUUUUUUUUUUUUUGACCAAUGGAUUGUUAUGCCCUUUCCGGACGGCAAUCAGCAGGUGUCAGUGCUGCACCAUGUUCAAUGUUGCCUCUCAAUACUGGCUUCUACUUUAGUCAAGUGGUUAACAGAACUAGUUUGUUUGACACGUUUACUCUUACUGGUUAAAAUGUUCUUGGCUGUUCAAAAUGAGACAGCUACUUGGACAUUGAGUUGUCAGUUGACAUUUUCCAACAGUUUUUUAUUGCUUUUCUUUUACUAUAGUAACUAUUACUAUUUUUUGUUAACCUAUUAUAACAAUUGCUAUUCUGUUGCUAUGAUAAAUAAACAGGCUCUUGCACAAUA